AUGAGCGAGCCGGAAGUUGAAGGGUUUAAUGUUGUCCCUCAGUAUCUCAUAUGUUGUAGCAUGGAUAUGUCGAGGAAGCUCAGGAAACUGUCAUUCAAUGCAGUGACAUCUCAGAAGGGCAUCAUGCCGCCAUAA